AUGUGUACAUUUUACAUUUUUUUUCAUGCUUUUACUCUUCCUAUAAACUUACGUGAUCUCUUGGCAUAUCAGAAAUAUCUAUUGACAAUUCUGAAAGCACCGACGAAGCAAAUUUCAUAUCUCGAAUUCAUUGUGGAUUGGGAGAAAAUGAACGGAACCAUUUCAUUCCGAGUCUUUACUGAACACGUAGAGCAGCAGUUAAUUAAAAGAACCACUGAAAAAAAAAAUUACGCUCGAGACAAGCAAUAUGAGAAGACGGUCCCUUUUUCUAUAAAGCAGUCGGUACAGAAAAAGAUCAAAAACAGUCUGAACAAAUCAAGAGUAUAUUAUAUAUAUGAAAGUAAACAGGGCUCAUUCAAAUUAAGUAUGCAGACCAAAGAAAAGAUUAAGAGCCGUGAGUUGAUGAGAGACACGACUCUUUACAUGAAGGGUACUUGUAAGAGGCGUAUGGAUAUGAGAAUCAGCUUUGAAAAUGUGAAAAAAGUGUUUUUAAAGAGGUCGCAACAGGAAUAUUGCCACUGGGACAAUAUAAGCCAUAAGCAUAAGCAUCGAAAAUACAACUUUGUGCAAGACCCCCUCAUCAAUUUUUUUGUGACCAUAUUCAGCCACACCCUCAUCCACCCAACCUUUCUCACCCGGAAUGGACUUGUUUUUGGAAACUUAGGAUUCCUCACGACAUUCGUAUGGUUUGGUGUAAUCCUCUUUGGGGGAGGUUUAUCUACCUACCUGUCUGCUUGUCUGCCCAACCACUUGUAUUCCAAUAGAAAGACAGCUUCAUAG